ACUUCCUGAUUUUCAGCGAGACCUGUCAAUGAUUUGUAUAUUUUUAUCAUGAAUAUUGUUAACAAAGUCAAGAUUAAGAACAUCUGGGAUGGUUAAUUUUUCCAGACUUAUCAGGAUGCUGACUAUUCUAGGAUUCCUCGUUCCAUUGUUUAUCAUUCUGGUUAUUUUUGCUGUAUCAUUCCUUUCAAAUUUUGCGAUCAGCAGAAAGUAAUAAAGACUUUGAUUUAAAUAUCAAGCUGCUAAUAAAUAGAAUCCAUAGAUAUUGAUUUUCUAAAUAUCAGCACAUCUGGAAGAAUGAAAAGUUCGUAAGAAUAAAGAAUAGAAAAUCAUGUCUGGCAACUAUUAUUUUGUGAUUGUUGGACAUUUAGACAAUCCGAUUUUUGAAAUGGAAUUUUGUCCACCAAGCAGAGCCAAUGAACCCAAGAAAGAUGACCAUCGUCACUUGAACCAAUUUGUGGCUCAUGAGGCUCUGGACCUGGUAGAUGAACAAGUGUGGACCACAAACAACAUGUACCUUAAAAUAGUGGACAAAUUCAAUGAAUGGCUUGUCUCAGCCUUUGUCACAGCUAGUCGAAUGAGAUUCAUGAUGCUACAUGAUGUGAAAAAUGAAGAUGGAAUAAAGAAUUUCUUCACAGAGACCUAUGAAAUGUAUAUAAAGCAUUCCAUGAAUCCAUUCUACGAAAUCAACAAGCCAAUCGUGUCACCUGCAUUUGAGAAAAAAGUUCAGACAUUUGGACGGAAAUAUCUCACCGGAUGAAUUAUAGGUCAAUGAUAUUUACACUUGUGUGUAUCUUGACAGUGUGCAAUAGUUAUUUUCUGUUAUUACAUGUAUGUAUGUUUAUGUAUAUAUAAAACACAAUAAAAAAAUAACAAAG